CCAUCUCUUACCUACUCAACCGCUCAGGUAACCCAUGUUCACAAUUGCAAGAUGCGAUAAUUUGCGAUAAUCUUCUAUUGUAGCCAAAUAAUUGCAUUGUCACACAUAAUCGAAUCAAGCGCCCCGUCAAAAGGCGCGUUGCAGUCAUGGGGGGUCGGAUUGAAAUCUUCCUCGACAUUGCGUCGUUGUACAGCUAUGUAGCCUUUACGAAAUUACAGGAGACUAGGCCACUGCUCGAAGCCCAUGGUGUAGAAGUCGACAUCAAACCCGUCCUCCUCGGCGGCAUUAAUGCCGGCUCAGGCAACAAACCCCCCUGGACCCUCCCCGCCAAAGCCGCCUACGGCCGCUUCGACGUAACCCGCUCCAAGAACGCCGCGGGACUCUCCGAAAUCAGCCCUCCAGAUGACCUCAUGUCAGCCGCCCGCACGAUGCUCCCUCUCCGCGCACUGCAUUACAUCAAGCUCAACUAUCCCUUGUCGACGUACCUAACGGCGUGGCAUUACCUGUUUCACAUGUUCUGGGCUGUGCACCGGGAUAUGAGUUCUGAAGCGGGGCUUGCCGUGAUUUUGGGGGAGAUCCCCGUGGACUUCGGGGCCGAGACGGCGGGGCGUGAGGGGAAGGGGCAUGGGGAGGAGAAGCUCUUUGGUGGGAAGGAUGUCGAGGCUGUUGUAAGAGCAACGCAGGAGCCGAAGUUCAAGGAGUUGUUGAAGGGCACCGUGGCGGAAGCGCUGGCGAGGGGUGCGUUUGGGGCGCCGUGGUUGUGGGUUACGAAUGGGGAGGGGAAGAGCGAGCCGUUUUUUGGGAGUGACCGGUGGUAUUUUGUUUAUGAUUUUCUUGGAUUGCCCUAUCAGAAGAUGGCUUUACUUCCUCCUAGAGAUAGCUCGGGGGCGAAGUCCAAGUUAUGAGGAUACCAGAGAUUUGGAGGCAGAUCAUAUGCUACGUUCUGUUACUGUGGAUUUAUGAACAGCGUUUAGCAAGAUAGACGCAUCAGAGUCAUAAGCUCAACUGUGACUUCUCCUAGGAGUCUUGGUCGAACGAUACAUGCUUUGCAUAACCUAUGGGGUCCACCAGUAAUUGAGU